AUUAACUGUAUGAUAUUUCUAUAUUUAUUCGGUUUAGUGCGCGAGUGUACCGUGUGUUCAGGGAAAAUUACGCACAUUUUCCAUUUCUUUCAUCUCUUUUAUAUAUUUUAACUUAAUAAUACAUUGUAACACUUUCCAUGGGGGUAAUGCAAAGGAAUUAAGUUUUGGCAGCUGAAUAGUCACCCAAUACUAAAUAUCUAUUUUUCCAAGUUUUGAAUCUAUCUAAUAGAUUAUUUGCAUAUACAGAGUAAGAUUGUGGCUGUUAGGUGAAAUGUCUGCAACGUUUGAUAAUUAAAGAGUUUGACAAAAAUAUAGGGCUGAAUAAAACAAAAGAAUCUCAAGCGCAGCUAAGAUUUUGAAGGGUAGUUGUUAGUAAGUGAACAAUGUCUGCGGUGCAUAGCAACAAAGAAUGCGAUAAAGGUAAUAUUGAGAAUGGGAACAGUAGAUUGGACUUAGCGAAAGACACUCGGGUACAGCUAAGUUUCAACAAGGAAGGACAAGGGAAAGGAAGAACAACACGCGAAACCGGACUAAUUAUUUUCGUUUUCAUCUGCUUGCUGGCUGUGAUAGGGUUAGUAAUUGCAGUUGUGCUUACAAAGAUGGAUACUGAGGACGCCAAACCAGUCGAUGACACUACAACACUACCUAAGGGUGAUACCACACCUUAUACACCGGAAAUAUGUUUGACACAUGCUUGUGUGCAAGCAAGUUCAAGAAUUUUGCAGAAUAUGGACUUGGCAGUGGAUCCGUGUGAAGAUUUCUACAUGUACUCGUGCGGCGGGUGGAAGAAGAAAACUGUUAUUCCGCAAGACAGAUCUCAAUAUCGUGUGGUUAGUGAGCUCGCAGACACUAUCAGUAUCAUAAAUAAAAACCUGCUUGAAGAAGAUAAUACAUCAUACAAAAAUAUAUCAGCCAUAUCAAAAGCGAAGGACAUGUAUGCAUCUUGUAUUGAUUUAGAAGAAAUCGAACAGGAAGGCUCUACUGCCGCUAUACCUUUGUUAAGUGAACUAGGCGGUUGGCCAGUUCUUGGAACUAAUCCCGGUGGCAAUUGGUCGCCUAACAAUUUUAGUCUUUCUCAACUGUUGAUCUCGCUUAUACAAUACAACAACAAGCCUCUUAUCCAUUUACAUGUAUUCGCCGAUGUUAAAGAUUCAGAAAAGUAUAUCAUUUACAUGGAUCAGCCAGAGUUUGGUCUCCCGGGAAGACUUUAUUACUUAUUGGAUUUCUUAUUGCCCGUGCGUGAGGCAUACAUUACCCUGGCGGUAUCUGUCGCAAAAUUAUUUGGAGCUGAUAGUGAUGUUGCAGAUAAAGAAAUGAGAGAAGUUCUGGACCUGGAAAUAGAUAUAGCAAACAUCAGCAUUAGAGCGGAAGAUAGGCGUGACAACGAAGCUGUGUACAAUAAAAUGACAAUAUCGGAGCUUAAGCAGAACAUCACAGAACCAGGAUCCACCGACACAAUACAGUUUGAUUGGUUAGAGUACAUAAGUGGUGUCUUCGAUUUGGAGAACGUGAAGAUACAAGUGAACGAAAGUGAACCAGUCGUUGUUGAAGCUAUACCGUACUUUGAGAAACUGUUCAGUGUGCUUCAGAAACAUGGAAAACGCGUAGUUGCCAACUAUUUGGUGUGGUUCAUCAUUAAGCAUCGAGCGAGUAACCUUGACAGUAGGUUUAAAGAUCUCAUAACGGAAUACAACAAGGUUUUGUAUGGGACAGCAUCGUCUAGUGAAAGAUGGAAAGAGUGUGUGUCCUAUACUGAAGCUCAUUUCGGCAUGGCAGUCGGUCACAUGUUUGUAAAGGAGAAUUUUGACGAAUCUUCAAAAACAACGGUGCAUUCUAUGAUCGGCAACAUUAGAAACGCAUUUAAUGAACUGUUGGAUGAGCUUGACUGGAUGGAUGAAACAACAAAAGAACUAGCAAGAGAAAAGGCAAACGCGAUUAAGGAAUGGAUUGGUUAUCCAGAUAAAAUCUUGAUUGUGGAAAAGCUCAACAAGCUGUAUGAAAAUGCUACUAUAAAAAAGCACGAGUAUUUCCAGAAUAUUCUCAGCAAUUUGAAAAAACAUAUGUCCGGGCAAUUUCGAAAGUUGAGACAAAAGUACGACAAAAACGAUUGGACUGAUGCUCCAUCCCAAGUUAACGCAUUAUACAAUAGAGUCCUGAAUAACAUACAGUUCCCAGCUGGAAUAUUGCAGUCUCCAUUUUAUAACAAGGAUCAACCAAAUUCAAUGAAUUACGGUGGAAUUGGCACUAUAAUAGCGCAUGAAAUCACGCACGGAUUUGAUGACCAAGGGAGACAGUUUGACAAAAACGGCAACCUUGAGCAGUGGUGGAAUACUUCAAUCAUUACCAACUUCAAGGAAAAGGCACAGUGUUUUAUUGAUCAAUACAGCCGGUUCGUAGCACCGGAAGCAAAUCUAACCGUUAACGGCAUUAACACACAAGCAGAAAAUAUAGCAGAUAAUGGAGGAGUCAAACAAAGUUUUCGGGCAUACAGAAAAUGGGUGGAGGAAGGACGACAAAAUAUCGAGGAGCCAAUGUUGCCGGGAUUAAAUUUUACACAUAACCAACUAUUCUUUAUAAGCUUUGCUCAGAUCUGGUGUGAUAACUCCCGUAAAGAAGCUCUUGUCAAUCUCAUUAAGACUGGUGUACACAGCCCGGAACAGUUUAGGGUUAUUGGAACCUUGCAAAAUUUUCGAGAGUUUUCGGAUGCUUUCGGCUGUAAAAAGAACAGUGCAAUGAAUCCUGGAGAUAAAUGUUAUGUAUGGUAGUACACAACAAACAAGGGAUUGAUAAAAUUAUCUAGGAAAAUUCUCAACAAAAUCACGAACAACGCUUGACAUUUCGUUAUGCAUGGUUGAAUGAAUCUUUUGUUCAUCUGCUACAUAAUCUGCAUACAUAUUUUGUUCACGAGAUGGACCGCCGACUGGUUCUAUAUUUUCAUCUUGUAUCUGCCGCAGUAUCUUUUUUUGUUACAGACCUUCUUUGCGAUGUAUGUCUCUCUGGCCGUUUUUAGGGUACUAUGUGCCUCUGGAAAAUCUAUCCUUUGCCAUUUUGAUAGUAUUUCUGUUGUCAGUAUACACAUGGGUGUUUUACAAUGUGUGUAACACCUUUUAUAAAUAUGACCAUUGUGUUAUAUAGCGGGAAAGUAUGGACGGAAUACCUUUUUGGUAUAACGUAGUUCAUGUAAAAUUACAACUGGAAAAUCUCAACCGGUUUUACCAUUUAUAUGAAUCCCCAGGAAUUUGUUAAUAACAAGGUCGUCGUCUAGGCUACGACAUUAUCAAUAAUGACAUCGCUUUUGUAAAUAAAAAUACUGUCACAUUGUAGUUUGUAUCAUUAACAAAAAAAAAAAAAAAAAAAAAAAAACAUUAAAUAAACACAUAAAUUCCGAAGUUUGUAGCUAUGCAAAUACUACAUAUUAAACAGUUAAUACUAUUUAGCUUUCAUAGACGGUUUACCCUGGUUCGUAGACUGAUGGUUUCACCCAUAUAUUAUUAUUUAUAUAUUAUCUAUACAUACCCAAAUGCAUUUUUGUCUAUCUGUUUUAUUCAUUUGGCACAUUUUGAAAUAAUGUUACACGCAUGUCGCAUUUUAAUAUUUUAGGUAACUGUUUAAAUUUUACAGUUAUGCUUGCAUAUCAUUUUUAGAAAUAAUCAAAAUAAGUAAAAAGGCACACUAACUUUAAUAUAACUUUGAAAAGGAUGUCUAUUGAUAUAUAUCAUAUACAGGUAAAAUGUUACUAAUUUAAAAGUAACAAACAAAGAUUUUACUAAAGCAUUAUACAACAACCUUCAAGAGUUAGGUUGUAUAAUUAUACAGGAGCAAGAGAGAAAAUUUAAAAGAAAUACUUUUUUUACCUACUCUCAUUUAAAUUUGUCUUAGGAUGAUAGCAUCAUUGCUGCUGCUGUUUUAAUAAUGAAUUUCAUGUGUUUUAUAUCACUUCUUUACAUUAAACAUAAUAUCAAU